CUCAUGAAGGGCUUUUGUUUGUCAGCUGUCAACAUUCAAAUGCAGUCAGCUGCAUAAUAUGCAUUAAUGAGGGUUUAGAUUUCACCAUGCUUUUAUCAGAAAGAUAGCAGGAUAGAGUCAUUCCAGGCAGAAGAAUAAUCCACGGUCCAACCAAUAUGCAAGGGUCAGGCAAAAUGUCUGGACUAUGCUCAGUUGUCCCACAUCAGAGAAUAGGUUCAGAUUAGCUUCACAGGAAACCUGUCAUCGACAGCCUGCCCAACGAGAAAAUCCCAAGGAGAAGCUGAGGACAAGCAACAUCUUGAAGACAGUCCAUGGGGACUGUACCAGAUCCUCUGAGAUCUGCCAAGCUUUCCCUGGUCUCAACUUCUGCAGAGGAGGAGCACCUGGGAGACCUGCAGCCUGCUAAGCACCAGCCCCAAGUCCCCAGUGGAGAGAGGGCCAACAAUGGCUUCCUGUGCGCACCGUCCAGCUCAGCUGAGGUUUGCUUGUUCCACCUGACCUGCACAGGUGCUGCCAGCACACAGAGGUGCGAGCAGUGCCACACAGAUGAUGACAGCCAGCAGGAAACCUUUUCUCCCAGGCUGGCCAGCAUAACUACAGAGGGGCAUCCUGCAGAUGUAAAACCUGAUGGUUGUUCCCAGCCAGUGGGCAUCCCAGCACCAGCAGUGCCAGUCCUUGCUGCCACAGGAGCCCUCUCAGUGGGGCAAGGGCCAGAGAUGAUGCCAGCCCCUCAGAGCUCCCGGCAGUUUGUGCAAGGCAGCCAGACCAAAAUGAGCUCCCUGACACAAAUAGAUGACUCUGCCUUGAAACCUCAGGGAACUGAUGAUCAGCCAGCGCUUGAAGUGUUAAAUUAUUCUUCUCCAGGUGAUCCUGUCGGGGUUAAUCAAUUCUGUCAUACUUCUCAGGCAAACAUUCUGCAAAGAGGGGAAAAAGACAGGGAGGUAGACAAAAAUGGUUCUGCUGUGUGUCAGUCAGCCUUGGCAGCAGGUCAAAUCGAAGCUGACCUGGGGAGAGACUUGCAGACCAAUCUGGAGGGGAAAAGUGGGACUGCAGACAUGCCGCAGUUGCAUCCCCCAGAUAAAACUGAAGUAGUGCAGACCAGCAAGGCACCAGGACAGUCCAGCCACGGGAGUCCACAUUCUGUACACAGCCUGGACCCCAUGCCUGGGAGUCCAAACCACACCCAGCUCUCCAAAUUCAGAGAAACAGGUACAAUGACAGCUCAGCCAGAGAGCAGCCCUUUUACUCAGGAAGCUGUAAGCAGAACAUGGCGGGAUGCUGAGGUUCAGGCUGUGGCUACGGUGGAGAGCAAAUCAGCUUCUACCAGUCCCAGCAUCUUUGCUACCUUCUUAAAAGGGAAUUCUCCUCCAGAGGAGAAGGAAGAACUGCACAUAAUUUACCAAGGAGGUAUGGGGCUGAGCCAGGCUGCACUUACUGACAGUUUAUCCUCACAACAAGAGUCUCCAUGUUCUCCUGGUAUCACAUCAAAGUCGGCUGUUGUGGCUGUGACUGCUUCAGCCCAAACCCAGCUUGUCAAACUUCCAGGGUUCCCACCUGAUGUGGCAUCUCCAGUAUCAUCAGAUAAUGUGAAACGUGUUCUCCCCUGCUCCCCUGCAGCUGUUACCUCUCAAGGAACAUCUGUGGGUAAUGCUGAAAUGACCAGUACAGCCUGUGAUGUCAAGGAUGCUGCUCAGCUGCCAAAGGAUGCUCCAGUCCCACCAAAGCCCAUCCCAGCUGAGCAGCUUGGAAUUGACUCCAGUAAUCAAAUUCCAUCACAGUCUGGGACUGGCGCUGGUGAGCCAAGCACCACUUCCACUGAUGCUGUCCCAGGAGCCCAGAACAAUGUGCGAGAUCUCAUCCCUCGUGCUGGAAGCAGCCCGUCACCUUUACUCUCUGGCAAGGACAGUGAAGCCAAGCAGAAGGAGAUUCUGGGCAGCUCUGAGCAAAAGCCUGUGCAAAGCAAGGUUGCAAGUCAAGGGCAGGCCAGUCCUAAUCAAUCUGUGGUAAAACCAAAGGAAGAAAUCUUGGUGGUUCUUGAUCCUAAAGGAGAGCUGAAUGUUACCAUACAACCUGCUGCCGUCCUUGCAAAGGCGUGCCCACAGGAUGCAGGUGGGAAGGAGAGCAGGGGCCACGGAGACAGUGGCCAGUCUCAGAUGGCUGGUGGCCAGAACCUGCAGGCAGGACUGACGCCCGAGCUGAGUGUGAGUUCUGCAAGUGCUGCCCCUUCCAUGGCAGCAUCGGCAGCUCCCCAGCAACAGGGCCUCCAGGCCAGGCAGUCCGGACACGAUCUCCACACUGAAGUGAUUCCUGCUUCCUCUCAGGCUGUGCCAAACCUGGGGGAGAACAAAAAGCAUUCCACCCCAGCCAUGGAGGCAAAAGUACAGGUGAAGCAGUCCAAACACGUCAGGGAUGUUGUUUGGGAUGAGCAAGGAAUGACAUGGGAGGUUUAUGGUGCUUCCCUCGAUCCAGAAUCCCUGGGAAUUGCCAUCCAGAACCAUUUACAGAGACAAAUACGGGAACACGAGAAACUGAUCCGGGCCCAGAACAGUCAGACCCGGAAAUCCAUUUCCUCAGAUACAUCCUCAAAUAAAAAACUGAAAGGGAGGCAGCACAAUGUGUUCCAGUCCAUGCUGCAGAAUUUUAGGCGUCCUAAUUGCUGCGUCCGACCUGCUCCUUCUUCUGUGUUAGACUGACAUGGUUUUCAGGGGUGCCUAAAUACCUGUGGUGGUGGAGAGAAUCCCUCAUCUCAAGUCCUACUGUUUGGUUGUGUGAUUGGAAUUGUGAUGCAACAGUGGAAAAUUAUUUCCCUUUGUUUUCUGACUAGCCACAUGCUCCAUCCUGCCAUUAUUAUUGUCACAGCUGGUGUAUUUCCAUGUUGUGCUCCAACCUUGACUGCUGUCAGAUGGAACGCUAGGCACUUAGCAAAAGCACAAAUUUCAAUUGCCACCUUGCUGCCGGAAUAGCAGCACCUUCUGAUAAAGCAGGAAGCAGAGGGAUUGUCAGAAUUAUGGGAAUUUAUUUAUGUGCAUUAUGAGGUCUUACUCAAAGAGGUGGACUGGGGGAAGCUGAGGGAGGUGGAAUUAAGGUUCAACAGCUGUAAAGACCUAACACAAGACAACUUUCUUGGUUUGUAAGUUACCUGUGCUGAGGCAAGUCCAUGAGCAGGCUAUGGACAUUGAUCACUGAGCAGCCUCACUUCUGUCGAUACUGUGGGGCACUGUUCUCAGCGCCCGGUCUUCCCCUCCUGUUGAAAUGCAGAACCAGGCAAAGAAUGAGGAUCAAGACUGAAGGAUUCUCUCUUUGGGAGAAGCUAAGUCAGUGGGAUGUUGAUGGCCAGAAGGGGAGGUGAAAGAGAUGCUUUUUGUCCCCUGCAGUGGCCACUCAAGGUAUAAGCCGUCGAGGCACAUGAGAGCGCAUAGGUAGAUGGACCUGCACCCAGCAGGAUGGUGCCCACCCUUUCUCUGGUACUCCUGCCAAGUCUUUAAAAAGCAGGGAGCUUCUGCCUCCUCAGGUGGGGUGGGCAGCCCCUGCUCCCAGCCUCCCACGGCGCUGAGCACCUCUGUUCUAAAUCACUCCUUAAAGUGAUGUGGAUCUUUCUUUUCUCUCCAGAGAUGCACAGUAAUGUUUUCCGAUAGCAGCAGGCUUUCCUGUGCAUUGGGGUCCAUGAGCCUCUGUGUCUAGUGUGUUACACUGGUUUUUUUUUCCCUUAGCCAAGUCUCCUGGGUUUUUAUUCAGUAUUUCAGACCUUAGCCAAGUCUCCUGGGUUUUUAUUCAGUAUUUUGGUGCUUUUCUUGCUGCUUUUCAUAACCUGAAUACAAUUUAUUUAGCAUAUGUGUUAUUUUGUUUUACCUAACACUCUAUAUUAUGAACCAUUAUACUGUUAACUUGAAAAAUUUGCAGCAGUACUGAAAUCUUGAGACAAUCUUUGCUGUAUUUCUGAACUUAGUUAUAGAAACUGCUAAUAAAAGGUAGCUUAGUGACUGUUUCUUCAGAAGUAUGAUAUACAAUAAUGUCUCAAAUAUAUGUUGAUCUCAUUUCUCAAUAAUAUUUUUCAACUUGGGAAAUGUGUUUCCCAGUAGCUUUGUAUUUUGUCCACUAGAGUUCAUUAUGGGAGGCUGGGGAACUCCUGCAGUUUGUAGAAAACUUAGUUAUCAAUCCUGCAAAGCACUGAUGAUUUGGAUAUUGUACUCCUGCAGAGUACUAGAGUUAAAUAGGAGAUACUUUUAGUCCAUUAAAGAUUUUUCAUGAAUCAUGAUGAUAAUUUAUUUCUGUCUCUAGUACCACACACCUGACUUACUAUGUAGAUCUUACUCUUACAAUUUAUUCUAAAUCUUAAGGGUUUACACCAUGUAAAUAAGUAUUAGUAUAUUUUUUUCUUCUCUUUUUUUUUUCUGUGAAGUGAACUUGAAGUGGUCCCCAGUUAUUUAGGAGGCCAGACUUCUUGAGUAUAUCAAACCUUCAUAGUAGCUGUUUGGAGGCAAUUUUUCCCCAGCAGAAAAGUAAAAUACUGUAAGAUACAACAUUUUAACCUAGUGCAAUGAAAAGUGUUGUCUCUAAGCAUAGUACUGAAUUGACUUCUAGUUUUCCUCAGAUAUAUACCAGGGGGCUUUAUGUCACAUCCUUGUUCAAUUUCUCUAUGUUAUUUCAAAUCCUCUCCUACUUGUGGUGCUGAGUUUUUAAUUCUGAAACACCACAGUAGAGAGCAUCUUCCCACCUCUGCCUACCAGGAGGAAGGUCUCCAAUGUUUUUUCUGUUAGUACUGCUGUUUCCAUCCACUUCCUAGCAGUGUCUGAGAUGUGAGUUUCACGUGAAAUUCUGUGUGGGAUUAAUAUUGAGAGUAUCAUUAGGUCAGGUUAGUUUACAAGUUCAGUGUCUCUUCCCACAUUGUGUCUGUGUCAGCCCUGACGGGGUUCCCCAAGUUGCCUGCAGUUCUUGCUGUGUUCUGUCCAGGUCCAAGGCUCUGUGCUGCUUCUUUUGCCUCCCUUCUGCCCCUUCCCUUGCUAGCUGCUGCCCAGCCUGUCUUCCUAUGAAGCCACGUCCCUUGGCUCGGCUCGCGUGCCCCUCUGCGUUCCCCUUGCUGUAGCUGUGAGCCAGCUUAUUCUGAACUGUCCCUUUACAAAUAUGCUCAGUCUGAAUAUACAAAUGGAUUGUCCUACUUUUUUCUUCCAGAGGAAAAUAAACAGCUAUCACUCAUUCA